CUCCUCACCCUCCAAUUUUGGUACGAAUUUUCUCUCUACCAUUCUUCCUAAGAGAUGAGUUUCUCCAUACCAGCUCCUUCUUUUUCUCUGUGCCUUCCUAGAAGCUGCUCUCCUAGAUUCUUCAAGUACCAGUCCCGCUCCUCCUCCGCCGCAUCUCUGUCGUGCUUCCGUGUGGCGUGUCGCAGUGGGUCACAAUACACAGCCACUGCUGACUUCAAGUUCGCCUUGCACGAUGCUCUCGAUUCCAUUGGAGUCGAUACUUCUCACGCCAGAGAAGCUAGGCAGGGUUUCAUUUCCCAAAUUGAAAAGUUAUCUGCAAUCGAGAGAGCAACCAGCAUUAGCAUAAAUAGACGUGUUGACUUGGGAAGAACAGCCCUUUACAUAGCAGCGGAGGAUGAUUCACUCAUUUCACAUUCUUCUGUACCUCUGCCUGUGGAAGCCUUCCUUAAAAAAUUGGAUGAUCUUUCCACAGGCUACUUUUCUCAAUAUAACUCGUCGUGCCAGGCAUCAAGGGAAAAUUUCUUGGAGAGCAUAGAGAGAUAUCUAUAUAUCAAAAAGGGCUUCAGAAGAAAUAGUACCAAAAAUCAAUUGGAGCCGCAAGCUCUAUAUCUUCCCUCGGUUUUGGCACACCGUUCAGGUUCUGCUGUUAUGCUUUCACUUAUAUAUUCGGAAAUACUGAAAAUGCUACGGUUGUGUAGACUUUUGGAUUUUGAUGUGGAGAUAUUCUUCCCUCACGACCUUCAUAGUCUCCCAAGAGCCUAUGAUAAGCAGAAAACCAAAGAGUCUGAUCAACUACAUAUAAUGACAACACAAAUGCUAUUGGAUGAGAUUUUAAAAAACCAGAAGGAUGCUUUCUGGCCAUUUCAACAGGAUCAUACUGAGAGUUUAUUCUUAAGGGCAGCACUGGCUGCCAACUUAAUCGAUGGAUUCACUGGUGUUGAAAGUGGCUACCAGCUUGCAUCUGCGAAGUUUGCUCAACAUAGGUUGGGGCAUAGUGCUUGGACCAAUGUGCAUUAUUGGGAAAUGAGACUUGCUCUAUCUGCAUGUGAACGCCUUAUACUACUAAAAGUUGAUCCAAAGGAAUUAAGAGAUUACAGCAUCCUCCUUUACCAUUGUGGAUUUUAUGAGCAGUCAUUGCAAUAUCUCAAGUUAUAUCAAGAAUCAAAGAGUUCACUGCAAAACCAAUCACUAAAUUCAGUGAGCAGCCUGGAAGAAGAUGUUGCACAAAAAUUGAUGGUGCGCCUCAACCUCAUUGCAACGGAGGAUGGUUGGAGCAAGCCAUCACAUGCAUCAAAUUUUCUCUGUACAAAUUCUGAACCAUGGUAACAACAUACAUGCAAACUCUCAUAUCAUUGAAAGGCAAAGAGCUGAAUUUGGUUUCUGUGAAAUGGAAGUUUGGAGAGCAGUGGUUUAUCAAAUUUAACUACGCUACCUGCGGUAUCUAUGGAAACCGAUAACUGUUCCUAAAUCUGGGUUAGUUUCAAUACAAGCCUGCAGAGCCCCUGAUGUAAGCCGACGUGAGUACUUCAGCCUUGCACUUGAAGUUGUCCUCAACUUUGUUACUGAAGGUGUAAUUUAUAAUCUACUGCUCCAUAUACCAUUAGCUUAUUUGUUCAUUGCCUCUGUACAGCACCUAGGCAGAUUCUCAUUCAAGUAAAUAUUUUUGUAAAUU